AGUCCCAAGCCAAUUCUCCCUAUAACGUUCUUCUCUCUCCGCUUUGUCUUCUUCAAUUCAAUUUCUACUCCCACAAACAUGCUUGUUUAUCAGGAUCUUCUCACCGGUGAUGAGCUUCUCUCAGACUCAUUCCCAUACAAGGAAAUCGAGAAUGGGAUGCUGUGGGAAGUGGAAGGGAAGUGGGUUGUUCAAGGUGCAGUAGAUGUGGACAUAGGGGCUAAUCCUUCUGCUGAAGGUGGGGGAGAGGAUGAAGGUGUUGAAGAUCAGGCUGUGAAGGUCGUUGAUAUUGUUGAUACCUUCAGGCUGCAGGAGCAACCUUCUUUUGACAAGAAGCAGUUUGUCACUUUCAUGAAGAGGUACAUCAAAUUGCUCACACCCAAGUUAGAACCCGAGAAGCAAGAAUUGUUUAAGAAGCACAUCGAGGGAGCAACUAAGUUCCUACUCCCAAAGCUCAGUGAUCUCCAAUUCUUUGUGGGAGAAAGCAUGCAUGAUGAUGGCAGUCUUGUCUUUGCAUACUACAAAGAAGGUGCCACUGAUCCAACCUUCCUCUACUUUGCGCAUGGGUUGAAGGAGAUCAAGUGCUGAGGAAGUCUGUACACUAGCCCAUCAGCCUUCUCCAGUCUGUCUCUUUUUAGAGUUUUGGAUUUAUACUGUUAUCUGUUUUAUGUUUGAAGGGUUCUGGAUUUAAAUGUUAAUUUUUCUUCCUAGAUGCAGCUAUGCGAUGAAUGAUAUAGUAGUAUUAAACUCGGAUUAAGGAAUAACUACUAUACAUGGGUUUUAUUGACAAAAAAAUUAUAGCC